AUGUUAGCCUCGCGCAGCUUUGUGCUGCUCGGUGUUCGGCCCUUUCAACAUGGACCUCGAUUAAAUCAACUGGAUCAGAAAAUUCUUCUCUCCUUAUACGAUUCCUCUCCUCGACACUCACGGAUAACAUAUCCGCCUCACACUCACGCGCAAUCUCGAAGCUCCCAUGGCUUCGACGUCGCCCGUCCAUUCGAUAACGUAGGCAGAUCAGCUCUCACACAAUUCCCACCCUUUACAUCCUCUCGUUCAAGCAUACUUGCGCAGGCCAGAUGUUUUUCGAGCUGUCGAGCACUCCGUGAAUCUCCAACGCCCGUCAUUAAAGAGCAGGCCAGGUCAAAGUCGCACGAUGACGAUGCCGAUGAGGAGGAAGGAUUUCAGAAAAGUGAGAAAGCGAGUCAGGCCUUGCACGUCAAUUUGAGCGCCAGACUGUCAAAAGAAGGCUCUGCGGGCAAAAAUGCGGGCCUGGGCGAAGUAUGGCGACUCAUUAAAAUUGCCCAACCAGAAGCCAAAGUCCUGGCAUGGGCUUUUUUGCUCCUGUUGAUUUCGUCCGGGAUCACCAUGUCUAUUCCCUUCUCUAUCGGCAAGAUCUUGGAUAUCGCCACCAAAGGCGGAGCAAAGACUGAAGGUCCAGAGGCCGAAGAAAAAACCGACAUGCUCUUUGGCCUUAGCUUGACGACAUUCUACGCCGCUCUCGUUGGGGUCCUCGCUACUGGUGCCGCUGCCAACUAUGGGCGAAUUAUCAUUCUUCGAAUUGUUGGAGAAAGAAUUGUUGCUAGACUCCGGUCCAAGCUCUUUCGGCAAACCUACGUCCAAAAUGCAGAGUUCUUCGAUGCAAAUCGGGUUGGUGAUUUGAUUUCGAGACUCAGUUCUGACACCAUCAUUGUUGGCAAAUCUAUCACCCAAAAUCUUUCCGAUGGCCUUCGUGCUUUCGUCAGUGGAGCAGCCGGAUUCGGUCUCAUGGCGUGGGUGUCUCUCAAACUAACUGGAAUAUUGGCGCUGCUCUUCCCGCCCGUGGCCAUUGGGGCCUUCUUAUAUGGGCGAGCCAUCCGGAACCUGAGUCGAAAGAUUCAAAAGAAUCUUGGAACACUCACCAAAAUCGCCGAAGAAAGACUUGGAAAUGUCCGGACCUCACAAGCCUUCGCAGGCGAAAUUCUCGAAGUCCAUCGGUACAAUACACAAGUACGAAAAAUAUUCGAGUUGGGCAAAAGGGAGUCUUUGAUCAGCGCGACUUUCUUCUCUUCCACAGGGUUUAUGGGAAACAUGACCGUUUUGACGCUUCUUUACGUUGGUGGUGGUAUGGUGUCGAACGGAACAAUCAGUAUUGGUGAACUGACCUCAUUUCUCAUGUACACUGUCUACGCCGGAUCGUCCCUCUUUGGGCUUUCAUCAUUCUAUUCAGAGCUCAUGAAAGGCGUUGGAGCAGCAUCCAGAUUGUUUGAAUUGCAAGACCGCCAACCAACCAUCUCCCCGACCAAGGGCCAGAAAGUGGUAUCAGCAAGAGGACCCAUUCGGUUCGAGGAUCUCUCCUUUAGCUACCCUACCAGGCCUGCGGUUAAAAUCUUUCAACAUCUCGAUUUUGAGAUCCCUCAAGGCUCUAACGUGGCCAUUGUCGGUCCCUCUGGUGGAGGAAAGAGUACGAUUGCUUCCCUGAUCUUGCGGUUCUAUACACCCACAGAAGGUCGAAUCCUGAUCGAUGGCAAGGAUAUCUCGACGAUGAAUGUCAAAUCUCUCCGAAGGAAAAUUGGCAUUGUCUCGCAAGAGCCAGUACUAUUCUCGGGCACCAUUGCGGAAAAUAUCGCGUACGGGAGACCUCACGCCACUCGAGCAGAAAUCAUGCGCGCGGCGAGAAGAGCCAAUUGUCAAUUCAUCAGCGACUUCCCUGAUGGUUUGGACACAUUUGUUGGCGCCCGUGGAACACAAUUGUCGGGCGGCCAGAAGCAGCGAAUUGCCAUUGCACGGGCUUUGGUGAAGCAACCGGAUAUUUUGAUAUUGGAUGAAGCUACCUCUGCUCUCGAUGCGGAAUCCGAAACUCUCGUCAAUCAGGCACUCGCUUCAUUGCUUCAGGGGAGUAACACCACCAUCUCGAUUGCCCACCGUCUUUCAACAAUCAAGCGGUCUGACACUAUCAUUUGUCUUGGCAGUGAUGGUCGGGUGGCCGAAAUGGGGUCCUACAAGGAGCUCAGCAGUCGACCUGACGGUGCCUUCUCCAAACUGAUGGAAUGGCAGAUGCAUGAAGGCGAGAAAGCUCGGGUCGACAUAAGCAAGCUAGCCAUUGAUCCAGAUCGAACGGGCCCACCGGACGAGAAGGAUGAGAUUGAAGUGCUGUUGAGCGAGCCUAGUGAAGGAGAGAAUGACGAGGAAAUCGAGGGCAGGAAGGCACAGGAGACAAUCACCGAAGCCGUGGAAGAGAAAACGAAAUGA